AAGAGGGAUAUGCGGGCUGUUUACGUACGGGCUACGGCUGCCUGCCUUUCAUGUGGCAGACAAAAUUAAACAUUACCUGACCUCUCUCCUCUUACAUCCGUCCAUCUGACACCGCCCUUUUCUACUUCUACUUCCACUCUCCUUACAAAAACACCUUACAAAAACAUUCUUCUUCCUUACAUACAUACAAACAUACAAUACCUGCUCUUAUAAUUAUUAGAGUAUAAUAAAGAUAUAAGAUGACGGCAUCGCCCGCGGUGGCGAUACUUCAAAGUUCAUCAACUAAUUUCAACAGUUCCUUCUAUACAUCAUUGUAUUCGUCUUCCUUACUGAGAUUGCACUCGAGUAGAAGACCUCUUCCAGAAGUCUUCGGCCAGAAAAGUAUAAGUAAGGCAGGAGAGCGUUAUAACAUUAGAGCUGCCAAGGUCUACUCUCUUCGAGCUGAAGAGCAGCGUGUCAUCCAGGAAGAAGCUCCUCAAAUGCUGGACACUUUCCCUUCAUUCGAAUUUUCCCCUGGUCUGGCUCAUCCACUAGGAGUAUCAGAAGUUGAAAGUGGAAUAAAUUUUGCGAUUUUUUCUCAGCAUGCUUCUGCAGUUACACUGUGCAUAAUUCUUCCAAAGAGUAUUCAUGAUGGAGUGAUUGAAUUAGCAUUGGAUCCACAGAAGAACCGCACAGGAAACAUAUGGCACAUAUGCAUUAAGGAGUUGCCUCAAGGUGAUGUCCUUUAUGGUUAUCGCAUUGAUGGACCUCGAAAUUGGCAUGAAGGUCAUCGAUUUGACAAUAGCAUUAUUUUGAUUGAUCCUUAUGCAAAACUAAUUGAAGGUCGACGAGCUUUUGGAGAUAAUAGUAGUAAAAUGUGUAGAUUUCUUGGAACUUAUGAUUUCAAUAGCUUGCCUUUCGACUGGGGAGAAAAUUACAAGCUUCCAAAUAUACUCGAGAAUGAUCUUGUUAUAUAUGAGAUUAAUGUCCGUGCUUUUACUGCUGAUGAAACAAGUGGUUUAGAUCUAAAUCAACGGGGAAGCUACCUUGGUUUGAUUGAAAAGAUACCACAUCUUCUCGAGCUUGGUGUUAAUGCAGUAGAAUUAUUGCCUGUUUUUGAGUUUGAUGAACUGGAGUUUCAAAGGAGACCUAAUCCAAGAGAUCACAUGAUCAAUACAUGGGGUUACUCAACAAUGAACUUUUUUGCUCCAAUGAGUCGAUAUGCAAGUUGUGGUGGGGGACCUGUCGGUGCUUCCCGGGAGUUCAAAGAAAUGGUCAAGGCCUUGCAUGGUGCUGGAAUUGAGGUCAUUUUAGAUGUUGUUUAUAAUCACACAAAUGAAGCUGAUGAUGAAAACCCGUAUACGACCUCAUUUCGAGGAAUAGACAACAAGGUAUAUUACAUGAUGGAUUUGAACAACAAUGCUCAGCUGGUGAAUUUCUCUGGAUGUGGAAAUACUUUUAACUGCAAUCAUCCUGUAGUCAUGGAACUUAUACUUGAAAGCUUAAGACACUGGGUCACCGAGUAUCAUGUCGAUGGAUUUCGCUUUGAUCUUGCUAGUGUUCUUUGCAGAGGGGCAGAUGGUACCCCCAUUAAUGCUCCCCCCCUUGUUAAGGCCAUUGCCAAAGAUAGUGUACUAUCGAGGUGCAAAAUUAUUGCUGAGCCAUGGGAUUGUGGAGGACUUUAUCUUGUUGGGAAGUUUCCAAACUGGGACCGGUGGGCUGAGUGGAACGGGAAGUACCGUGAUGACAUUAGGAGAUUUAUAAAGGGUGAUGCUGGGAUGAAAGGGAAUUUUGCAACCCGUAUCGCAGGUUCAGCAGAUCUGUACAGAGUGAACAAGCGAAAGCCGUACCACAGUGUCAACUUCGUGAUUGCACAUGAUGGCUUUACCUUGUAUGACCUUGUUUCAUACAAUAGUAAGCACAAUGAUGCGAAUGGUGAAGGUGGCAAUGAUGGAUGCAAUGAUAACUUUAGUUGGAAUUGUGGAAUUGAAGGUGAAACUUCAGAUGCAAAUAUUAACGCACUGCGUUCUCAGCAAAUGAAAAAUUUUCAUUUGGCACUGAUGGUUUCGCAGGGAACACCAAUGAUGCUUAUGGGGGAUGAGUAUGGGCAUACCCGCUAUGGAAAUAAUAACAGCUAUGGACAUGAUACCGCUAUCAACAAUUUCCAGUGGGGACAAUUGGAAGCAAGGAAGAAUGAUCACUUCAGGUUCUUCUCCAAGAUGAUAAAGUUUCGACUGUCCCACAGUGUUCUUAGAAAAGAAAAUUUCAUUGACAAGAGCGAGGUUACUUGGCUUGAGGACAACUGGUUCAAUGAAGAGAGUAGAUUCCUUGCAUUUAUGCUCCAUGAUGGGAAUGGAGGAGAUAUUUACUUGGCAUUUAAUGCGCACCAUUUCUCCGUCAAAACAGCAAUACCUUCACCACCGCGAAAUAGAAGCUGGUACCGAGUGGUGGACACUAAUCUGAAAUCCCCUGAUGAUUUUAUUACUGAAGGAGUGGCUGGGAUCAGUGAAACUUAUAAUGUUGCACCGUAUUCUGCUAUUCUUCUUGAAGCAAAGCAAUAAUUACUGGGAUUAUGCUGCUUUAGAUGUUGUGCAUGGGCUAUUACAGUAUUACCUUCUUCUGGAUUGGAUAUUUUAAACCAGAAUCAGGCGCUAAUAUAAGCAUACGGUUAGUUCAGGCUGCUAUUGAUAGAUACAAACGUCCCAUAGCUGCCAGAUAAAUUGAGACCAUUUGUCCAGGUUGUUAGAGACGAUAAACUUGGUGUCUUAGCAUGUCUUUUUUUUUUUUUUUUGAAACUAAUAUACCAAUAGGGCAGUAGUAUUGGCUUUUUUUAUGCAGAAAUUAGAGAUCAAAACUGUUGCGUACAUCAUUUCAUUACAAAAUAAGAGCUAGCUGCAAUGAGAAAUAGUAUAACUAAAGUGAAGUUCAAGCCAACAUGGCUUCCCCCUUCCUAAAACAUGUGAGGAAAUAUAGGAGAAUAUUAUUGAAUUGUUGUAUCUACAUGAUUACACUGAGAUCCUAUUUAGAUACUACAAUCCAAUCCUGUUUCAAAUAGGAUACUACA